CAUGAUUUCCUCACCUGUUAAAGAGGUCACUAUACACAGUAGGACGUUGCCCUCGACCGCAAGAACUAUUUUGUCUGGGGUAAACCCUGCAUCAGGGACCCGCCAGUCAACUCCCUAUCCUCCGAUUCCCUAUGUUUUGGAUCGCCCAUGCCCUAACUCACAUGGUUAAAAGGAGAUGGGUGGACAUGCAUGGAAGCACAUCAGCCCAUCAUGGAACAACCUGUCUAUAUAAAGAUGGCGUUCAUGGCCCGACUCUCUGCAUGCUCUACACAACCCAUUCCAUAAGGUUUGUUCAUUCGCCUGCUCUACACUGAGUAUACUCCAGUGGUCACUCGUAACACACUGAGCCUCUAUCCAAUCGUUCGCCAUGAAACCAUUCGUCCUUCUUGCUGCGACGGCAGCUCUUCUCGGCCUUGCAACGGCUGCACCCGUUGAAGCACCCGAAGUCAGUGACAUCGAACGCCGCGCCGCACCCACCUACGACCUCGCCAUUGGAGGUGGUCGCUUCAACAUGAACGAGCUCCAAUCCUACAGCUUGUUCUACGCCAACGGCUCCGCCUACAUUGGACAGAUCAAGUACCAAUCCUACUCGGAGCCGCUGAUCGUCUCCGGUGCCAGGAAUGGCAUCGACACCCUUACCUUCCAGUCCAUCCACACCAGCCCGACCGGUUGGCAGCAAAUGUACGUGGUGCCACGACAGACGAAGCCCGUCGGCUUCAGCACACCCCACGGCUCCCCGCCCGCCGGUGUCCGCACCAACGAAUUCAGCUUCACCUGGAAUGGAUCUCUGCAGAACCACGGGCGCAAUUUCUUCUACGCGUGCCAGGAUAAGGCAGGCACCCUCGCGGCGAUUCACAGCUACCAGAUCUGGUGGAUCGCAGACGGCUUCCCAAGCAGAUGGAUGUGCAAGGGUCCUCUGAACAUCCACGCCGCCGAUGGAUGUGCCAGAAGCUUGUAAACACCAUCUCGAAAGCGCAUACCUUCUUGUUCGCCAACCGUGUACAAUAAUAUUUCCUUCAAAGUAUGAGGAGCGAAAACUGGCGGCAUACACGCAUGGAGCACGGAAUUUAGCAUUAGCGUAUUGAAAUAUUAAUGACAUUGACACGCGAACA